AUGUUUCUCGUUUAUGUGAGCGUGCUCGAUCGUUAUGCGUCAUGUUUACCCGUAUAUGAAAAGAUGUGUCGAAAAUUUCAAUAUCGUAUUUGGGCAUUUCUCGAAUCGGAGAAGGGGAUAGAUUGGCGAAAAGAAGACAUAGCGAUGCGUGUUUUAUACAACUCGGAUUUGUUACGAGAAGAUCUUCAUGGAAAGCUCAUUCAGUAUGUCAAUGCUCGUGUCUUGCUAGGGAAUCAAUUGAUCGAUGAUCACAUUUGGGUUCGAAAUGGAAAGAUUAUCUCCGCAGCGUCUGUAUUUUAUGAUGAGAGGCGAGAAGCUGAUAUUCAAAUCGAUUGCCAAGGGAAAAUUCUAUGCCCAGGAUUCAUUGAUAUUCAACUGAAUGGAGCUUUUGGUGUCGAUUUCUCGUCGAUUGGCUUUUCGAAAGCGGAUUUCUCGAAUGGAGUCCAAAAAGUGAGGAAAGGUCUUUUGGCUUUUGGAGUCACCUCAUUUCUCCCAACAAUCAUCACGUCUACUGCUGAAAGUUAUAACAAAAUAUUGCCAUUGAUCAAGCGAUGUCCUGGAAGUCCAGAAGGCGCUGCGAUUCUCGGGGUCCAUGUGGAGGGACCAUUCAUUUCACAGCAGAAACGUGGAUGUCACCCAAUUGAAUGUGUUCGCGAUUUUGGAGAGAAUUACAAGAAAGAGAUUGCGAAAACUUAUGGAUCACUUGAAAACAUUAGCAUGGUGACGAUUGCGCCAGAAAAGGAGCAUGCUUUGGAUGCAAUCAAGUAUUUUAAAGAAGAGGGAAUCAUUUGUUCGCUGGGUCAUUCAUCUGCAUGUUGGGAGGAAGGAGUGAGGGGAGUACAAGCUGGUGCUCUCUCUAUCACUCAUCUCUUCAAUGCUAUGCAAUCAUAUCACCAUCGUGACCCCGGCCUUAUCGGCUUGCUCACCACAAAGUUCAAGGAAAAAACUCAUCCGCUAUUUUAUGGGAUAAUAGCUGAUGGUAUUCACACGCAUGACAGUGCUCUUCGAAUUGCACAUCAGACUUUGCCGGAGGGUCUCGUUUUGGUCACCGAUGCGAUUGCGGCUUUAGGCUUAGGAGAUGGCAUUCAUAAGUUGGGACAGCAAAAGAUCAUUGUCACCGGGUAUGAAGCUCUAUUAGAUGGAACUCAAACACCAGCCGGAAGUGUUGCAUCAAUGCCUUUUUGUAUUCGACAUUUUGUUCAAGCUGCUCGAUGUUCUUUACAAGAUGCUCUCAAUGCGGCUACUUUGAAACCAGCAACACUUUUGGGAAUCACCGACACCAAAGGAGUACUGAAAAUUGGCGCUGAUGCUGAUUUGGUUUUAUUGGAUGAUGACGUCACUGUUUUUGCCACUUUUAUCGGCGGACAAUUGGCCUAUUUCCUAACAAAUUGU